CCGAAAGGACGCUGGACACCACUUAGAGAACCCGUUCAAGCGACUUUGACUCGUGCGUUCAAUAUUGCGUGCGUAAUUUUUACCUGGACAGGUCGGAGGGGACAAUUUAGGAGAAAUGUUGCUCACUUUAAAUGACUGACCCACGGAUAUCACAGGAACCGGGAGCCGCGCCGGGAUAUCCUCGGGAAUCAGCACUUUCAACAUGUCAAGAUGCAAGCAGCCUUGUUCCACUGUUGGAGGCACUACAACGUCGAAACAUGGAGGGGAACACCUUUGAGGAGUAACAUAGCCUAAUUCUUUAGCCCAUAAGGAAUGGUCUAACUCCAGACAUGGACAUGUUGCCUAGUUUCACAUUUUGUUUAAUUGCCACACACACCAACAUAAUUGUGUUUAUGCUACAGGAGCAUAACACAAUGGAUUUAAAUCAGGCUUUAGGGGCUGUGUAAUAUAAUGGACUGUUUAACUUGUGUAGCUCAAUAUUUCAACUAUAAUUGCACGAUUAGUUCUGCUCUUAGAGUUAUCACUGCGCAUGAGCUUUCCAUAUUACGCUGAGAUGAGAAAUAUUUGCAGCUUGUGUUUGGAUUAGAUACUUCAUCUCCUCGGGAUUCGCCUUCUGCUGUAAACGAAUGAGAAAGACUUAGAAAGUAUAUUUCUUCACACAAAUGGCAGCGAAGAACUGUAACGAAGAACUGUGUUAGAAGUUGUCAUUCACUCUUUUCGAUGGACAGUAGGAUGCGACGAAAGCAGGACUUUGUCAAGCCUUUCCAUGCUUGUGACUCUGAAUGAAGAAAUGGUCCUUACUUCAGAGUUUCUGCAAGCAAGUUGAAAGCUUCAGCUGGGGACUAUCGCUCUCACUCUUUCUUUUGGGAAUCUUACAUGUUGGAAAAAACAAGUCAGUAUUUGUAUGCAUCAUUCCACUUGCCAAGGUGGUUCAGGGAGCUGUCUUCCUUCAUCAUGGAACACCAAAGUCACCUAGCGAGAAGCGGAACGUAAUGGAUUAUUCUAAGUGCUUUGCUGUGUUACGCCUAACCAAAUGAGACGGUGGAACGGGGUGACGUGUGUUUUUGUUCCGAUUUUUAAAAAUUAGCGUCAUCAAAACAAGUUCAUUAAAAGCAAAACACGUAACAUAGUCCAACCGCCGCCCCCCACCACCACCACCACCACCACCAACACCACCCCCUCCAUCCACCUAACCUGCGGUGGCAAGAACCCCUCUUUGUCAGACUGCGCUCUUGUUUCUGUGAGCUGCACAGCUUCGGAAGAGAGUGGAGAUUGUGUUUCAGGGUCCCGAGGACAUCACCCAGAGACUGGGCCUGACCCGGUUGGAGUAAAGAUAAGGACUGAGAGACCGUGUGGAAUACCAAUUACCUCCCAUCUCCCACGAGCAAUGAACACCAACACAGGUACAGAUAGGAGAGCUGGUCAACGUGACGGUGGACUGAUAUCGAAGCCCGUAGUAAAAAUACACAGCGGCUGAUUUGUUGCUCAAAAGAAUCUAUUAGAAUUGCAUUUGAAUGCUCAUUAGUUGCAAUCUCAUUAGUUGUAACAGUUAGUGGAAACAAGCAACAUACAUCAAAGAUAAUGUUUGAUGAAGAGUUCAACCUUGACUCUGUGUACAUUACAUGAAGCAGUCCAUGAUAAUGUAUGUUACAGGGACGAGACUUUACCUUGGACCAGCUAUGCUUUCCCUAGCCUUGAUUUGAACUCUUACGAGUGUGGGACGGCUUGAUAAGAUGGAGCCAGACAACAGCACGCUGGAGCCUUUCCUCUUGAACGGCACGGCCGAGGCGGCGAGCACGGACGCCCCCUGGGACCCCGCCACCCUCCUGGGCCUGCAGAUCUCGCUGUCGGCCAUCCUGGCCGUGGUGACGCUGGCCACCGCGCUGUCCAACGGCUUCGUCAUCGCCACCAUCUUCCUGACGCGCAAGCUGCACACGCCGGCCAACGUGCUGAUCGGCUCGCUGGCCGUCACCGACCUGCUGGUGUCCAUCCUGGUCAUGCCCAUCGCCAUCCUCUACACGGUCAGCAAGACGUGGACGCUGGGCCAGAUCGUCUGCGACAUCUGGCUCUCGUCGGACAUCACCUUCUGCACGGCGUCCAUCCUGCACCUGUGCGUGAUCGCGCUGGACCGCUACUGGGCCAUCACCGACGCGCUGGAGUACUCGCGGCGCCGGACCAUGCGGCGCGCCGGCCUGAUGAUCGCCGUCGUGUGGGUCAUCGCCAUCUCCAUCUCCAUCCCGCCGCUCUUCUGGCGGCAGGCCAAGGCGCACGAGGAGCUGACCGACUGCAUGGUCAACACCGACCAGAUCUCCUACACCAUCUACUCCACGUUCGGCGCCUUCUACGUGCCCACCGUGCUGCUGGUCAUCCUGUACGGCCGCAUCUACGUGGCGGCGCGCUCGCGCAUCCUCAAGUCGCCGGCCGCCUGCGGCAAGCGCUUCACCACCGCGCAGCUCAUCCAGACGUCGGCCGGCUCCUCGCUCUGCUCCCUCAACUCGGCCUCCAACCAGGAGGGCAACCUGCACCCCAUGGUGGGCGCGGGGCCGGGGCAAGCCGGCGGGCAGGGCGGCGGCGGCGGCAGAACCGGAGGCAGCGGCGGCUCGCCGCUCUUCGCCAACAGCGUGAAGGUGAAGCUGGCCGACAACGUGCUGGAGCGCAAGCGCCUGUGCGCCGCCCGCGAGAAGAAGGCCACCAAGACGCUGGGCAUCAUCCUGGGCGCCUUCAUCGUCUGCUGGCUGCCGUUCUUCGUGGGCACGCUGGUCAAGGCCAUCUGCAAGGAGUGCUGGUUCGACCCGCUGCUCUUCGACGUCUUCACCUGGCUCGGCUACCUGAACUCCCUCAUCAACCCCGUCAUCUACACCAUCUUCAACGACGAGUUCAAGCAGGCCUUCCAGAAACUCAUCAAGUUCAAACCAUGCUAUUAGCAACGCUUUCUAAUUAGAAUCACUCUAUCAUUACGUGGACUGGGUGGAAAAAAAAACAGUGGCUACAGCUACAAAAUGUGUGUUCAUGGUGAUCACGUGUUCUCAUGCAAAUAGAAGUCAUGGUGACGUGGCGAUACAUUUCCAUGCAGACACACAUUGACACGCCUUGAGGAUCUUUAGUGCCAUAUACAUGUCUUGUGUUCUCUUUGUAAAAAUUGUGCAUGUGCGCUCAAGAGGGGAAGUUGUCUUUGUGUUUCAGGAGUCAUCAUCUGCCUUAGCAAAGGGGAAAAGACACUGCUCAAGACUCAAACAUGUGCUUCUACAUGGCUGCAGAGCGCCUCAUCUAGAAUGAAGUGGACCUCAUUAGAGUAGACUGGGGAACGGAUAUGAUUGAAUGGCUAUACUGAGCUUUUAACUUGAAUGAAGAUGGGACGUCAUGCAUUGUGGUCCAUCAUGUAAAAUUCAUGGACUCCACCUUAAAAUGCUUGUCAUGUGAGAGAAUAUAUUAUAUAGAGUUUUAGUGCAACUGAAUUGUGUGUGUUGUGUGUACAAUGGCAAGAAUGUGUAUCUGUGUACAGUGCCAGCUGCGAUUCACAUUGAAUUACAUUUAGAAGUUUGGCUCAUCCCUAAAUUUGGUAUAAAGGUCACCAAUUCUAUUUGCUUACGUUUGUUUGAAACACUCUAUCAGUAGAUUUCUUAUGUUUGAGUUCAUACCACAAUACAGUAUGUUGGAGACACUGUCUUUAAUGUUUUCUGUAAA